AAAGGCCGUCUCUUCAGAGGUCAAAGUGCUCUCCAUCAGACGGGAUGAAAAAAGAUGUCAGCGGCCAGUCGUAAAGCGUUCGAGGUUUUCGUCUCGAAAAUUCCUUGGACAGUGUCUACCAAGGAAUUGAAGGAAUACUUUGGACAGUUUGGAAAUGUGAGGAAAUGUCUGCUACUAUUUGAUAAGGAGACCGGUUUCCACAGAGGUUUCUGCUGGGUUGGAUUUGCAAAUGAAGAAGGUCUUCAAAAUGCACUUCAGAAAGAUCCUCAUGUUCUAGAAGGCACUAAGCUGCUUGUCCAAAGAAACAGGAAAGUCAUCUUUGAGCGAAGAGACAAGUAAUGCCAAGAAAGUAGUCAUAAUUAGUAAUAUUUAAUGUUUAAAAAAGGUUUUACAAUUUUUAUGUCUUGUCUGUAAAGCUUAAUGUAUGACCAACAGUUCUGAAUGUCCGUCUGUACAGGUAAAAUGUAUUAAUAAACAAAUCUUUCUGAAA